AUAGUUGAGAACCUCUGCAGUGUACAGUGCAGGCAAGGAAAAUGUAAAUAAAGUGCAAGAGUACUUACUCCUAGUGAUAAAACUACAAUGACUACUGUGCAAAGAUGACUACUAUGAUCUUGCAUACAUUUUUUGAACAACUGCCAUAUAUUGAAAUUAAUAUACGUUUCAUUAUUAAUAACAAUUGAAUAUAAAGUUUUACGAAGACCAACGCGUUUGUGAUUCUUGUAAACAGUGUUUUAGGUUAUGAGUAAAAAUGAACAUCCGUUGUAAAAAUAUUCAUUUUCUCUUUUUAGUUUUAGUUAUUCAGGCUAUAGGAAUUAUUGGAGAAGAAGAGACUCAAGUAGUUGCAGAAGAAAAUCUCGAAAGUCUACCAUCAGAUCAGCCAGCUGAAACGAAAAAUGAAAUUACUGAAGUCGAUCCAGAGGCUUUCUCGGAAUUCAAGGAAACUGAUCUCCUAUCCAAUGCUACAUCAAGUGAAGUUUCAUCUCAGGAGAAAAGUAAUGUGACAAUAACAGAUGCAUCAGUGACAAAUUUCACCAAAGUAAAUUGUUUGAUUGACAAAACAUAUGGACCUGUUGAGAUUGUCAACUACACUCGCUUGAUGGAACUCCUCAUAUUGGACAUUGGAACACCUAAUCGUACAAGGAAUAGCAAAGAGGACAAGCAACUGCCAGGAGCUUGCAUUUUGGUAAUGUUUUAUGCCAGGUGGUGUGUAUUUAGUAGUCAAGCAGCUCCGCACUUCAAUGCAAUACCCAGGUUCUAUCCUCACCUCAAGGUAGUGGCUAUCGAUGCUAUGAAAUACCAAAACUUUAACACACAGUAUGGCAUUGUUGGAGUGCCUACUUUGAUGCUUGUUCACAAUGCAAAACCUGUAGCCAAGUUCAAUGCAACUGUUUACAACUUGGAAACUUUCUCUAAGUUUCUAUCACAAUUUACAAACCUGCAGCCUAAUGAUUCAUUGUAUGUGACAUCUGCAGAUUUCAGUGGUCCAGUUUCGAGUACCCCAUCAAACGAAACGGACUAUUGCUUGGUUUUGUCUUGGGUUUUCAUAGCUGCAUGCUUACUUUAUUUCACAACAAAAAGUCACUGGUGGAGACAGUUCAUAGAAUUAGUACAAAAUACAUGGAGGGAGAGCAAUGCACAACAUGAGCACGCCGAUUAAAAACUUUUCAAAUUUUUUUUAUAAUAAAUUAUUUAUUAAUGUAAUAUAUUUAAUGAAUUUCAACAACGUUGUGAUAGCAUGUAAAUAUACCGGGCUGUAAAAUAAACUGGAAAUUUGUCAACUUA